CAGUAACCUUGUGAAAAUUCCAUCAGAAUCCUAGCAGAGCUUUUCCUCAAAGAUUAUCGGACAAACAGACCGACAUUAGUGAGUAACUUGAUUCUUCGUGAUCAUUAAAAAAGUAUUCCCGAAAUUUUUGGCGAUUACAAUACUUCAUCGCUAGUUGGGGAGUAAAGGGGAUUUUAGGAAGGAUCAACAUAUUUGAAAAAUUCCAAGCCUCGUUUUUUGAACGUUUUGAGCAUCAUCGUUGCUGAUGUUUAGAAGUAAAUUUUGAAAAAUCCAUUUAUAACAGCUUUUCGUCACAACUUUCAGCAAAAAGUGCUAUUUUGAUGCACAUAGAAUACGACUAUAUAUGUAUUGCCACAUUAUCACUCAAUGCUAUUUUGUUAUUGGCAAAGAAUAUUAUUAUUUGAGGCAGCCUGAUAUAUAAGCAGCAUCACUUUGUUGUGUUGGAAAAAUAGCGCAAUAUUUGCCACUAGCGCGCUCGGUAUACAUAGAAUGCCGGUUUAGAAAGUGUGUGCAUGUGUAGCUGGUGCAGAUUUCCAAUGCACAUAUUUACAUUUCCUGCUAUAGUUGAUAUCAUUAUGCAAGAAUAUCGGUGUUGAAUUUACGUGUGCGUAACACCAGUCCAGUGCGUAUUAUUAAAAACAAAAUAUGAAACUGCAGAAGAGAAGAAGGAGGGGAUUCAAACGUCUAAUGAUGCUGGGCGACUACGAAGAUGAAUCUUCUUCCUCGGGUGGAGAACUAACACCCACCAGGAAAAACAACAGCCAUUCAACGAACCAAAAUGUUUCGCAGAAUCAUUCGAUUUUAUCAUCGCUGAGGAGCGUUCUAAUUGUUCUCAGUACUGCCCUGAUAUGUUUUGCAGCUGCAAGGAACUCCAUCACAUGGCAUUGCCAGAGGUUCUGGGGUGCGUCUGGAGACUUUUGGCAGGCUCAGUGGGAUAAAUUCUUGGACACAGCUGGAGAAGAUCCGUUCUGUCUUUGGGUAUACGGAACAUUUGUGCUCUCUUUUGGAGUAUAUUGGUUAUUUGGCGGCAUAUACACAUUUAUGGACGUGUCCAAUAAGCCUAGUAUUAUUAGACGGUACAAAAUACAGCCAGGCACCAAUGAACCAGUUGAUUCUCGGAAAUUACUCAAGGUAAUUUGGAGUGUGUUGGUGAACCAGCUGAUUGUCGGUUUGCCUUCUUCGAUUCUAAUGUAUUUGGCUAUGAGAUGGAGGGGAUAUCCUCCUCUACGAGAACUGCCUACCUUCCACUGGGUAUUAUAUGAGCUAGCUGUCCAUAUACUGACUGAGGAGGCUGCAUUUUACUACUCUCAUCGAUUCCUGCACAGCCGUUAUCUCUACAAAUACAUCCACAAGCAACACCAUGAAUGGACAGCCCCCAUCGCAGUUACAGCCAUCUACUGUCACCCCAUAGAGCACAUCUUCUCAAACUUGCUUCCUCCUUUCCUAGGAGUGUUCAUAAUGGGCUCCCAUGUGGCCACCGCCUGGCUGUGGUUCACUCUUGCCAUUUUGUCCACGUUGAACGCCCAUUCUGGGUACCAUUUGCCAUUCUUCCCAUCCCCAGAGGCCCACGAUUUCCAUCAUUUGAAGUUCAACAACUGCUUUGGCGUAUUAGGAGUACUGGAUCGUUUACAUGGUACGGACGCAAGCUUUAGGCAGACAAGAGCCUAUAUUAGGCACAUCAUGAUGCUCAGUUUCAUACCUCCAAGAGAGGCUUAUCCAGAACCAAAUCCAUGCAAACACACACUGGGAAAGAGCUAAAUCGUGUAUACGGAGCACUUCAUCAAACAUAUAAUAAGACGUGCAUGCACCAAACGCAUUUGUUCUGUUGGUUUCAUUUUAUAAGAAACUGAUAGAUGUCAAUAUUUAAUUUUAUUUACCAUCAAUUGAUACGUAAUUAUAAAGAGAUAAAGUCAUUAUUACUGAUCUUUUAAUUGUGGUAUCAUUCUUUUACUUUUUGUUGGAUCAGUUGAAAGUCUGCUUAUUCGGGCAUUUAUACGAAUUUGUUCCACACAUACAAUCAAUACGAAAUGUUUGUAUUUGUUGCAGUUGUAGGAUUACGAUUUUUGAGCAAAGUUUAAAGACAGGCUAGAGAAUUCUGAAACUAUGCAUAUAAAACCAUAAAAUUUUGAUUUUUCUCUAAUCAUAAUCUGUAUACGUAUUUUUGUAGACGACUACCAUUUAAGCUUUGAUAAUACCAAUACCAAAUUAUAUUUUUUGUAGUGUCCAAGGAGGAGUGUUAAUGAAGCCAGUUUUUGGCCUACAUUCAAUUUGGAUGAAAACAUAGUGAGUAGAAAAUAUUAGUUUGCCAGUGGCGACAGUUUCCAAAAAUGCUAUUAAUCUGUGAUGGUAUUUUAAUAUUUUAAGGGGUAGUUGAGAGGCACUAGGAAGGGUGGGAUGGUCCGUUUAUGGUGGAAUCGCCUUAUAUUUUCCAUACAUACUACCGGAACAUUCAUUCAAAUGAAAUUUAGGCAGAAAACCGGCCUUAUUAGCCCUCCUUGAUAUCCAUAUUAUCGAGAAAUAACUGAAGGUAACGGUAAUAAUCAUUGAAUCUGUUUAUUUUUUAAAUCAAGUCAUAUCUCCAGUGCAAGAUUUUAUCAUGUGCAAUGGUUUUUACUCAAUCCUACAAUCUAAUAUUUCUCCGUUUGAGAUGUGGAAAGGUUCAAAGGUAAUCUUUAAUCUCCAAGAUCUAUUGAUACAUUUAAAUUUCCAAAAGAUCACUCGGUUGUUAUGUAAGUAAAUUUGAUUCAUUUAAAUCUUCAUUUAGCUAAUUAAAUUACAUCACAACACCAAGCUUCUGAAAAGCGCAAUAUUAAAAAAAUCUGACCACAACUUUCCAUUUGACUGAUCACAUGGUCUUAUUUUAUAUAAUAACAUUUUUUUCUGUGUUUGUUUCAAGAAAUCAAGUAAUCUGACCAUUAAUGUCAAUCUUGGUUCUUUAUUGUUUCAUAAACAAAAAUUAUCCACACUGAAAAAUGCAAUGCAACCAUAACAAAUUAUUAUACUUAUUACAGAUAGUUCUCAUAGCUUUAAAUAAAAAAUAAGACAAUGUUUGAAAGGUAUCGAAACAUUCAUAGAGGAAAGCAUAUAUAAAUGUUUUAUUGCUAUAUGUAUUAAAGUAGAAUAUGCAAAUAAUUUACUUUUAUAGGACACUAAAAUGUACUGCAGUGAGACUGAAAGUGAUAUUGAUGGUGAUAUAGUUAUAUUUAAAGAAAUGGAACUGAAGUGAGAGCAUUACAAAUCAGUGGCAUGUAAAAGUAAAAGAAAAUACAAAGUAAUUUUUCCACUGAGCUCAUAUGAAUCACAUUCUCUUCAGAAACUGCUUGUUCCUGACAAUCAGAAUAGCUUUCAGAUUUCCAGCAUGUCCAUGUUAUUGACAUAUCAAGUAUCAGAUUGUAAUUACUUUUGGCACAUUUUGGUCUAUCAAACCGAAUAUUUUUACAAUUUCACUUUAAAAAAAAGAGUUGAUUUUUUCAUCGGAACUAAUAUAAAACUGUGAAGUUCUGGGUAGCCAGACCUGACAGACUAAGAGACCGACGAGACUUUUAACUAAGAGCAAAGGUCCACCGGACCGCUCUGACGAACAAUGACGAAUAGUACUGUAGAAGACAAAAAUGAAAGAAUAAAUAGAAUAUAGAAACAUAACUACUACAAAUUAGAGCAUGCAAUGCAGAAUAUAUUUUUUCUAAUAUACAGAAAAACCUAAAAACUAUUUAUAGAUUUAUGAACUUAAUGGAAAAAUUAUGAGUUAGGUUAUGCCAGUUUUCAAAGAAUAUCUUCAUAUACAGCUAAAGUAGUCUUGUGAAUGUCACGAUCAUACUUAUUUGAUACUGAGGAAAGUGUGUUACUAUGUAAGCUUUAAUAAAUAUUUUUUACAAACAUAA